AUGCUGAAAAUCAAUGAAGCAACUGAACUAUGCAUUACCAAUGGUGCCGAGAGAACAGUAGUGGGCUGGCAAUCACAACUGAUCUCUCUCAAAAAAAGUCCGCUGAAAGAUGUUCACGUGCCAGGCUUACCUACAAACAUUGUCCCCAUUAUGUACAGUAGCAAGCAGAUAUGCUGUACCUUGUCUGAUGACUCAAUAGUUCGAAUAUUGCAAAAGCAGGUUAUGUCAUUACUGAAUUUUGCCAUGACUGAUUUCGGUGUGCAAGGGCACACACAGUUGGCAAAUGUCAUUGACCUGCAAUAUUGUAAAGGGCACCAGUCAAUGUAUACGUGUCUAUCUCAAAGCUCCUCAUACUAUGGAGCGCUGAUAUUGAGUAAGUUUAACUGGAGUAAAGUGACGAAUGGAUUACAUACUAACUUACUGCGCGAGCUGCAAAAGCUCAAAAUAUUGGACAACAUAACUCGCCUCAGGGUGGAGGGUUUGUUGCCUUCUGUGAUAUUUGGAUCGACCCGAGCUGAUUUAAUAGGGACAGACUACAAUUAUUAUGGAUACAACUACAUACCAGGUUCAGUACAUGAAUCGCUGAGCUGA